AUGGAAGAUAAUGGACUUGUUCAGUUCGGGCCUUUUCUUCCCGGCCAAGAAACUCAAAAAGAGGAAACUGAAGAAGAAGAGGGGCCCCCGCUGCUGCUGCCGCCGCCGCUGCUGUACCCGCGGGGUGUAUGUACAGCCGCGUGGGACAAGGCGCGGCUGCAGCUCGCGCUGCUGCUGUCUCGCGCUGCAGCAGACGCGGGCGCAGCGCCGUCGACUGCUGCUGCUGCUGCUGCUGCCUUCCACCUGAGCCUGCCUUCCUUCUUCCACAUCGAUGCUGCUGCUGCUGCUUCGUGUCUUGCUGCUGCUCUCUUCUUAGCAGCAAAAGCAGCAGACGAGGAGUUCAACUUGCGGCGAGUGGUGGCCUCUUUGGGGUUUUGCUGCCACCACGCGUCUGCUGCAGCGGAGCAGCAGCAGCAGCACAAGCAGCAGCAGCACAAGCAGCAGCAGCUCAAGCAGCAGCAGCAGCAGCAGCAGCAACUCGCAGCAGAAUAUGUCCCGCUGGGAAUCAAAGAAUACUGGAAGCAAAGACACAGCUGCUUCUUGGAGGAGCAGCGGCUGAUGCAGGCCUUGGGUUUUUCGCUGCCAAACCCCACACUGUGGCAGCAGCUGCCGCUGCUGCUGCUGCUGUCGCGCUGCACUGCAGCAGAAGCAGCAGUGGCAGCAGCACUUGCUGCAGACGCUGCAGCAGGACCUCUCGCUGCUGCUGCUGAUCAAGAAAGAGUUGUUCUUGCUGCUGCUUGUUUGCUGGCGAGGAAGCUGGUGCGGCGGUUCAAGGAGCGGAACAAGCAGCAGCAGCAGCAGCAGCAGCAGCAGCAGUGGCUGCACUCGCCGCAGGCUGCUGUUGCUGCUGCUGUUGCUGCCACGCCCGAACACAAAGCAGCAGCAGCAGAAGCUGUGCUGCUGCUCGAAGACGAAUUCGGUGCUGCUGCUGCUGCUGCUGAAAACGACACCCACAACUUCCUGCUGCGGCUGCUGCCGCUGCUGCAGGGCAUCGGCAGCAGCAGCGACCAGUGCAGCAGCAGCAGCAGCAGCAGCAGCAGCAGCAAAACCCCCCUUUGCCACCAGCUCGCAGCAGCAGCAAAAAAGAUGCUGCUGCAGUACGCGCUGCUGCUGGACGACAGCCACGGCCACCAGGUGUACAGACACCUCGCCGCCGGGGACGGCUGA